AUGUGCUUGUUUUCCUUCAAGUCACAGGUUGCUAGCUCAUCAGUGGGAGCUUUCUCACCAGAGGCUGGUGAACUUGACAUCCAUGAUCAGUAUAUACAGUCACGAAAUGGCAGUCAGCGUGAGCUCCAGGACGAAGAGUCAUCGAGAUUCUCCUCAGUGCAAGAAGUACCAACAUCGUCUCGUGACACAGUAACAUCCCGGAAGCAAUAUUUGCACUCAAACGCCUCGGUUGAGGUGCCUCGUGCUACAUUCUGGCGAAUGCAAACUAGGCUUCCUAGGUUGUCAGGACCAUUUUGUUUGCCAGAGCCCUGCAGAACCAAAUCUCUGGACAAUGGAAAUGGCCUCCAUGGCUCUCCUGACAGCGACCUGGACAUUCAACCUCCUCCCGAUUUGCCGCAGGUUCAGGAGGCUUGCUUGCUCGACAGGGGUGGCUGUCUACGAGGCUCUCCUUGCAGCCACCUGGAAGUAAGUGCCGAUUUAUUAUGA